CUAUUUAUCACUGUCUGUUGCCUGUCAUUCUUUUUGUGUCGACUGCCUCUUCGUCAAUCUGGAUAACCACAAGAUCCCCUCCACAGUAGACCUAAAUUCAAAUAGGGUGACAGACCUUUACAAGUCAGCAGCGACCGGCAAAACAUUAUGAGCAGCCAUUCAGAAAAUACCGAUUGGGAAAUGAGUGUGGUGGAUGACCCUUUGGAAGAGGCUACCAAUCUUGAGUCAACAUUCUACUCUGAAGGUUAUGACUCUGGACAUGCCCAUGGUCGCCUGCAUGGUCUUUUUGAAGGUCGCGAACUAGGCAAGGAAAAGGCCUGGGAGCUAUGGGAAGAGGUAGGGUACUACGAGGGCUGGGCAGAGAUGUGGAUUGAGCUUCUGGGUACAAAAGUGGCAUUAGCUACCGAAGGCCGCAGUCGGAAGGGAAAGGAAGCUAGGACAUUGGGACAUGCGCAGACUCUGUUAGAGUUGAUAAAGACAUUCCCCAUUACCAAUCCGACACCAUCCGACGGGUCAGACGCUGUUCCUCAAUCGGCUGCCACUGGCGAAGACAUUUCCUCCCCGUCCUCCGUGUCUGCAAACGAUUUGGGGUCCCUCCUGUCCCUCAUUCGGGCUCGAUACCGUCUCCUCUGUGCUUCGCUCUCUGUUCGACCUCGCCUUGCCAGCGCUGUGAUUGUAGAGGCCAAUCCGGGGUCUGGUGCAGCUGCUGCUGCGUCAUCGGGAAUCGUGGAUGACGGACAAUCCGCGGAAGGGGUUGUGCAGGGUAUUGAGGGCCCGAUGAAAGGAGUGGAUACAAGGCAGUUGAGAUUUUGAACAUGCCUUGGACAAGCUUGGAAUCUUCUUUAUGUGUGCCGCCAUGGCCGCAUGCCCCAAAGACUAUGGUUGCAUCUUGCUGGGAGACCGGGUUACGCCGUUCACCAACCACAUGAACAGUGAACUCCAUAGUCGAAGAGGGAUCGCUCGCACGGGUUGCGGAGUUCUUUUGGGAAUAAAGGAAUGCCUUGACAUCAUGGAUUGAAUUUCAUGAAGAUAGGGUGACAAGCGCAGCGAUAGUAAUACAAUUACAGAUGCAUUAAUAGGUUUCAAACGAG